GCUUAAUUUUAAAAUCAAAGUACUUUCAGAAAAACGCUAUUGGUUUUGAAUUUGUAAAGAUCAUAAUUUUACCAAUUAACUUGUCUCUUAAUUGCUUAGAAAUUUAAAUAUAUUCCAAAUUGCGCUGCGGUAAUUAAUUUUGAGGCACCUCAGAUCCUCCAAGGGUUUACUACAUACAAUUUGGGACAUCUUUUCGUAGGUUGCCACCGGCGGGCAGUGACGCAUUUGACUUUAUCACUCAAUCGUUUUAGCUGUUUGAAAAGUACUUGACUCCUUUGAGAAAAAAAGUUCACAUCACGUUGGGUAAAGAUAGUCAUCUUGGCCGUUAUGAAACAGGAAGGUGGUGGGGAACUUUGAUUGUUGCUCUCGUCGUUCUGUUCACGUCAAUGGCAACGAUGACAAGUGUCGCAGUAAAGCAAACGCAAAAUUUGUUUCGUCGACGACCUAUUGUGGAAAAAUUGACAAAAUGGUAUUCGUCGUUGUCUCGGAAACUUUUUUUAAGUUCAGUGAUCGCACAACUGCUUAUCAUCGUCAUUCUCAACGCAUGCGCAGGAAUAACAUUCCUCCUGGCAUCCAACAUGUCUCUUGUGUGUGACGUCACCUCUCAUCAUGAAAAUAUUGACAGGAUCUUCGAUAUUUCAAGUGUGUUACCAAAGUCUACAAUGCUUCCCAGGACAAAAUCAAUACAAUUAUUCAAGAAACUUAGCGAAUGUCCCGAGAACGGCACUCUCUGGACGAUGUUGGAUCUGGAUGAUAAAGUGGACAUCAAUUCUGGUAUUAGUCAAUUACGUAAACUUCCACAUUUUGCUGAGCGUCUGUUUCUCGUCGGUGACACAUUCCAUGAUUUCCAAGCCGAUAAAAAAUAUGCAAGACUUUUUUUGAAAUGGAAACGGUUCAUGUUGGAAAGCCUCGAGAUUGAUUCUAUGGUGAAUGAGACUAUAGAAUCGUUCAAAACGUACCGAAAGAAGGCUGUUAAAAAUGGGAAUGCAAUCCGGAACGUUCAUAUUGAAAUUUUUCCCAUAUUGUUGAAGCGACUUCGGCAAGAUUUCAAGAGAUUCCAAGAAUCCAGAGCUCAAAUUUCCAAAAGCAUUAAAGAAAUAAAAGACACUUAUUUUGAUAUUACUUCAAAUACUUCAAAAAAGGUCGGUCUUCAGGCUUCCAACGGUCUCGCCGUCCAAACUAUCGAAUCACUGAAGUCGUUUAUCAACGAGGGUGUUUUCAAGAUCAGAAGUCACGUGGGAAAAUGUUUGCCAAUGAAAAAAGCCUAUUACAACAUCACGUGUCUGUUAUGCCAUGACAUCUUCCGAUCUUGGAAUCGCUAUUUUCUGUUGUUUUUUGCCUGCGCCUUCCUUACGACAAUCUCCAUCAUCGUUUCCAUGGUUACUGUGAUCUGAAUAAUCGUGUUUUAUCGCUGGAAAGUUCGCGUAGACUGGUAACGAAUUAGGACUGAGCUCUGAAAUUCGGUAUGUAAAGCCAGUUUGACCUGGACGUAAUUAUUGACUUAUCUCUUUUCCGGAUUCCGAUUAUUUUUAAGAAUGAUCUCGUGUCCACGGAAGCGAUAAGCUCAAAUGGUUAUAUGUCUUUAUCACACACUGUUUGUAUUUGAUUGCGCUUCACUCCCUCGCUUUGAAAUUUCCAUUCACAAAUGACCAAUUAUUCGUGGAACGGGUCUAUGGCACAUGCGCAAUGGCACCUACUCCCACAGUUAUUCGCAGUUGCACCUGCGCGGGCUAACGAGAAAAUAACACACGCGCUUUGCUGAGCAGCUGCCUUCGGUUCGGUACUUUUUUGAUGGUUUUAAAUAAAUACAGUUAGAUUUACAAAGAAGUAGGAUCGAGACAAGUGUUGUUUUGUGUAAUAGUGUGUUGUGUGAAACAUGUUGACGGUUUUUUUUUU